UCCUGCUGACUUCUGUUAGACUCCCUGGCACGCAGGCUUGUAUGCAACACAUCUUGUGUGAACACAAGUGAGCUGAAGAUACACGCAGCUUAUACAGAGCUAUUUAUAUAAGGUUCUGAACUAUGGAUACCCUCAGUGCAGCUAGUACUUCUUUUGCACUCAGUCUCUUCACAAAGCUGAGUGAAAAUGCCAGCACAAAGAACGUAUUCUUUUCUCCCUUUAGUGUUUCCUCAGCCUUGUCAAUGGUUUUUCUGGGUACAAAAGGUAACACUGCAGCCCAGAUGAAACAGGUGCUUUGUUUAAGCAAAGCAGAGGAUAUUCACAAGAGUUACCAGCCACUUGUCUCAGAAAUUAACAAACCAGGCACUAAGUACAUACUUAGAACUGCCAACCAGCUCUAUGCAGAAAAGACGCAUGAAUUUCUUGCAUCAUUUACAGAGUCCUGUCGGAAAUUCUACCAUGCAGCAUUGGAACAGCUUGAUUUCUCAAAUGCUCCAGAAGACUCCAGAAAACAUAUAAAUGCCUGGGUAGAAAAAAAGACUGAAGGUAAAAUCCAGGAUCUGCUGGCUCAGGGAAUUAUUAAUUCAUUGACCAAACUAGUUUUGGUGAAUGCCAUCUACUUCAAAGGCAACUGGGAAACCCAAUUCUGCAAAGAUCGCACAAUGGAAAAACCAUUUAAAAUUAACAAGAAUGAGAGCAAAACAGUGCAGAUGAUGUUCAGGAAAGCUAAAUUCAACAUGACAUGCAUAAGAGACUUCCAAACCAAAAUCCUGGAGCUCCCGUAUAUUGAUAAUGAGCUGAGUAUGAUCAUUUUGCUUCCUGAUAACAUUGAAGAUGAAACCACUGGCUUGGAAAAGCUGGAAAGAGAACUUAGCUAUGAGAAACUUAUGGACUGGAUAAAUCCAGAAAUGAUGGACUACACAGAAGUGGAAGUUUCUUUACCCAGAUUUAAACUAGAAGAGAAUUAUGACCUGAAGACUUUGCUGAGCAGCAUGGGAAUGCCUGAUGCAUUUGACCCAAGCAAGGCAGACUUAUCUGGAAUGGCAGGCAACAAAGACCUAUAUCUGUCACAGGUGGUUCACAAGUCCUUUGUAGAAGUGAAUGAAGAAGGCACUGAAGCAGCAGCUGCUACUGCAGCUGUAGUCAUGAUGCGGUGCGCAAUGAUUGUACCCCGGUUCACGGCAGAUCAUCCUUUCCUCUUCCUUAUCCGCCACAACAAAACUUCCAACAUUCUGUUCUUUGGCAGAUUUUGCUCCCCGUAAGAGAGAGAUGCAACAGGUACCCCAGUAAAAUUAUCGCUGCUACUAUUUAAGGUCUGCUUUGGCCAUGUGCAGCAAGAUUCAAAUUCAUAAUGAGCUUUAACUACGUAAUGCCUUGACCUCUGUGCCUUGACCACUUUCUACAGCAUUCUACGCAAAUACAAUCAUAGCUUUAACUAACAGGUUCUCUUGGGGGACCUAAAAUGGUGACUUUUCAUGGCUUCCUGGAAGAUACCUUUCUUUUUUUUUUUCUCUGUGUGUCUAAGUUCUGAGUACUUUCACCUUUAGCAAUAUUUGAGUUAGCCAGAACUUCCUUGCCCAGUGCUCACUUCCUUUUUCAUAAGAAAUUACACUUUCACAGAUAUGAUUCUCAUCCAUGGGAUUGCUAAACAGAUUUUACAAGCCACUUGCUAAGAUGCAGAAAAAAAAUUGUUUGCUUGACUUUUGAUUGACCUCCAACUGUUCUUUGCUCUCUUCCCUUCCAGAGUAAUUGCUGCAUGUUGAAUUUUGUCCCCAAAGAACAAAAGGAACUUUGGCGACUAAAUAACAGAUUUUAUUAAAUGAACAGUUGUGUCUGCACUUGGGAAUGGCUGAGCAUUGACUGGGGACAACAUCCUGACUCCACUGAUAUCAAUUCUAGAAUUCCUUAUAAAAGUCAGUGGAGCCAGGAUUUCAUCCCAAAUUUGUGUACCAUGUAUUGAUCUAAUUUGGUUUCUUGAAUUCUCAUAAAAUUACUUAAUAUUUAAUAUGUGAAAAAAACCUUACAAGAUAUGUUAUCAUUAUAUCACAAGCGCUUUGAUAUUCCUAUCUUUAAUAUGACAAAGCAGAAAGACAAAAAUGUUUAAUUAAGCAGUUUGUAAGACUGAUACUACCAAAGUCUGCAGCUGAAGUGUCCUUAUUAAUCCAGCAGUUUGUGAUGUUUAUAUUCCUUGAACCAAAAAUAAAGAACUAAUACAAAAUGA